AUGGCCCGUCUCAGCAUCUCGUUCCUCUCCGUCUUCCUCGUCUUGGCCGCACUGGCUCUGUCCAUGCCCGUCAAGCGUGGAGAAGAUGCAGCUCCCGGUCUCGGUCUUGACAGUGCCCUCGGCCCUCUGAGUGGUGCUACCAAGCUUGUUCCUGGCCUUUCCCAGGACGACGGAAAGCCAAAGCUCUCCGCGGAAGAGAAGAAGAAGCAGGAGGAAGAGCAGGAGGAGCAACAGAAGAAGGAUGAUAACGCGGCGAUCGCCAAGGCCAACCACAAGAUCGCCGAGUCCAAUGGCGACGUCAAGCCUACCCCUACUGCCUCGACCAAGUCGAAGCUGUCCUCUGGAAACUUUGUCACCCCCACCGCUACUCCUACACACAAGCCCCAGUCCAAGCCCAAUGAGCUGAGCAAGAUCCCCAUCGUCGGUGGUCUCCUUGGUGGUGCCGGUGCUGGUAUCUAA